UGAUGCCUAAUUUGGUGGUCUGGGAGGGGAGGAGUGUUUUGGUGAGGAAGUCAAGUGGGAGUGCUGCUCUUCUCUCUGUGAGACUCUUCACCGCUGGAUGUUUGUGUGAGACUCUGCAGCAGCCCAGCACACGAGGUUCAUCUACCGGAACGUCUACUGGUCGACAUCUGAGGGCGUCACCUCCAACAUGGCUAUCGUCCUGCACUCCACGCCCCUCCUCUGGAUCCGCCUGGCGGCGCUGAUCUUCUCCUGCGUGGCCUUCUCCGUGGCGGUCCACGGCGGCCGGCUGUACCACGGCACGGGCGACUGGUGCAUCUUCUGCUGGGCCUUCAGCUUCGCCGGCACCGUGCUGGUGCUGCUGGUGGAGCUUUUCGGCCUGCAGACCCGAGCCCCCGUGUCCUGGAAGAACUUCCCCAUCACCUUCGCCUGCUACGCCGCCCUGUUGUGCCUGUCGGCCUCCAUCAUCUUCCCUCUCUACUACCUGAAGGGCUCCAUGGGGCAAAGCCAGGUGCGCGACUAUCGCAUCGUGUCCACCGUCUUCUCCUGCUUGGCCACCAUCGCCUACAUGACGGAGGUGAGCAUCAGUAAGGCGCGCCCGGGCGAGGUGGCGGGCUACAUGGCCACCGCCCCCGGCCUGCUCAAGGUGUGCGAGACCUUCGUGGCCUGCAUCAUCUUCGUCUUCAUCAGCGACCCCGUCUUGUACGACCGCCACGACGCCCUCAAGUACUGCAUGUCCGUCUACUGCAUCUGCUUCAUCCUGUCGGCCGCCGUCAUCCUGCUCUGCGUGGGCGAGUGCACCGGCUGCCUGCCCUUCCCCUUCGCCCGCUUCCUGUCCGCCUACGCCCUGCUCGCCGUGCUCCUCUACCUGUCGGCCACCAUCGUCUGGCCCAUCUUCAACUUUGACCCCAAGCACGGCGGGAACAAGCAGCGGCCGUCCAGCUGCGGCAACACGCAGGGCCUGUGUGUGUGGGACAAGCUGAUGGCGGUGGCGGUGCUCACGGCCGUCAACUUGAUCCUCUACCUGGCCGACCUCAUCUACUCCGCCCGCCUCGUGUUUGUCAGCGCUUGAAGGAGGCGGCGCCGCGGUAGGCCUCAGACGAGAUGAAAUUUGGCAGGAUUGGCUUCACUUAAGACCGCAAAUAUCGCGAUACAGCGAUUACGUGAUAGUCAGUACAUCCUACUGAGAGCCAGCGUCCUCUGCAGUGGACAUUUGUGUUUUGCGUAAGGUGUUAUUUGUAACCCUGACAAAAACAAGUAGACCAAAAACACUGCAGAUGACGCUUUUUUUUGGAGGAUAUUGGAAGAAAAAAAACAUCUGCGAUACAUAACAACACAUAUGUUGUGUAGAUACACUUUCUAAUACUGUUGUAUAUCAAACACUGAUAUCAUUCUGCGAUACAUUACGAUACACAGUCAUCCCUCUAACACUGAUUUUUUUUGGGGGGGGUCCAUUUUUUUUAGAAGCAUAGUUUGGCCUAAAUCAAGCAUUUUAAAGCAUUACAAAUGCUAAAUGAACUAAAGAUAUCAAUUCUACAGUAGUAUAUAUAUAUAUUAGGGUGUGGGGGAAAAAAAUCGAUUCGAAUUCGAAUUGUUGUGCGAAUAUCGAUUCUCAUUUUUAAAAAAUCUAUUUUUUUAUUGUAAUUUUUUUAAUUAAUCAAUCCAACAAAACAAUACACAGCAAUACCAUAACAAUGCAAUCCAAUUCCAAAACCGACACAGCAACACUCAGAACUGCAAUAAACAGAGCAAUUGAGAGGAGACACAAACACAACACAAAACAAACCAAAAGUAGUGAAACAAAAAUGAAUAUUAUCAAUAAUUAGUUGCAAUUUCAACAGCAGUGAUUAAAAAUCCCUCAUUGACAUCAUCAUUAGACAUUUAUAAAAAUAAAAACAAAUGAACAAUAGUGUCACAGUGGCUUACACUUGCAUCACAUCUCAUAAGCUUGACAACACACUGUGUCCAAUAUUUUCACAAAGAUAAAAUAAGUCCUAUUUUUGGUUCAUUUAAUAGUUAAAACAAAUUUACAUUAUUGCAAUCAGUUGAUAAAACAUUGUCCUUUACAAUUAUAGAAGCUUUUUACAAAAAUCUACUACUCUGCUUGCAUGUCAGCAGACUGGGGUAGAUCCUGCUGAAAUCCUAUGUAUUGAAUGAAUAGAGAAUCGUUUUGAAUCGGGGAAAAAAAUCGUUUUUGAAUCGAGAAUCGUGUUGAAUUAAAAAAAAAAAAUUGAUUUUGAAUCGAAUCGUGACCCCAAGAAUUGAUAUUGAAUCGAAUUGUGGGCCACCCAAAGAUUCACAGCCCUAAUAUAUAUAUAUAUAUAUAUAUAUAUAUAUAUAUAUAUAUAUAUAUAUAUAUAUAUAUAUAUAGGUUUAUUUGAAAUAGGGACAUAUACAGAAACAUAGACAUCUGAAAGAGUUAUCCAAUGUAUGCAUCAUAGUGUUUGUAGCCAAAGCUAAUUUACAACACUUGUCCCCAACAACAACAACACCACAGAUCCAACAUCAUUAAAAUAGGAAAAUAAAAAGAAUAAGACAAAGAUGAGUCGAUAAUAAUGAUAAUAGUAAUAAUACAAAGUGCAAACUAGAUAAAAGCCAAUAAUAAUAAUAAUAACAAAGACAAAGUGCAGACUAGGUAAAAACCAAUUACCGUAUUUUUCGGAGUAUAAGUCGCUCUGGAGUAUAAGUUGGACUGGCUGAAAAUACAUAAAGAAGGAAAAAAACAUAUAUAAGUCGCACUGGAGUAUAAGUCGCAUUUUUGGGGGAAAUUUAUUUGAUAAAACCCAACACCAAGAAUAGACAUUUGAAAGGCAAUUUAAAAUAAAUAAAGACUAGUGAACAACAGGCUGAAUAAGUGUACGUUAUAUGAGGCAUAAAUAACCAACUGAGAACGUGCCUGGUAUGUUAACGUAACAUAUUAUGGUAAGAGUCAUUCAAAUAACUAUAACAUAUAGAACAUGCUAUACGUUUACCAAACAAUCUGUCACUCCUAAUCGCUAAAUCCCAUGAAAUCUUAUCCAUCUUGUCUCUUACGUGAAUGAGAUAAAUAAUAUUAUUUGAUAUUUUACGGUAAUGUGUUAAUAAUUUCACACAUAAGUCGCUCCUGAGUAUAAGUCGCAGCCAAACUAUGAAAAAAACUGCGACUUAUAGUCCGAAAAAUACGGUUGUAAAACUUAGUGAAAACUAAACAUGGGAACACGAUUGUUGCUCAACUAGCCACAAUUUUGUUUGUUUUUUGAAAGAGACAAGUGCAGGUAUUGGCCACUGGAUGAGACCAAACUAAUCAGAGCAUGCUGUUCAGUAUCGUGGCUACUGAUUGGCUCAGCCUUACAUUAAUAUAUUGGAUUAGAAUGGCGUUUUUUCAUGUCUACACUUAGAACAUCAUAAACAUGUUUUGAUGCUCUAGCUAUGAACAUAUUCCAAUUUAUAAUUAUUACUUUGCAGACAUUAAUUGACCAUGUUCAUAAAGAAGUCGCUAAACGAAGGAUUACUGAAUAUGUAUCUGGUAAGGAAAGAUUUAUAGAUACACACUUAUUAAAAUCAUAUCAAUGAAGAUUUAGCUGCAUUCACAGGGGAAAGAGACAACGUCACCUUUCAAAAUAAAAGUACCGCUAAUGUGAUGCGCCUGCCUGCCAAAUUUGAUUUUAAUGUGAUGCGUACUGUCUUGAUGAAAGGAGAUUGGUGCAUGUGUGUUUGGGGGGGGGGGGAGGGGAGGUCAAUAGGGGGUCUUUGUGGCUAUGUUUACACGUACAGCAACGUCGGCCUUUGUGCGCUUGCGCGCAAAGACUCGACAGACCGCUGGAGCAUGCUAACGCUUACGACGUUAAAAACACGUUUCAUUCCUACUUCGGAGUCCAAAUGGAGAGAAGUUCUUAUGCAGUGCGCUUCAUCGGCGGCAGAAAUAAAAGAAAUGCAUAAUUGUAGUCGGGCACAAUGACACUACUGGGACUAAUUUUCACGUUUGUAUUAACUGGCAAGAGAGUGGACUUUUUGUUGAAACAAAGGUGCAGAACUAAUGAAGUGAAAUUUCAGGUUAAAUGUUAAAGAUCUUUUUAGGAUAAACAAUCAACAAUAUAACAAUUUAUAUAUGUGGCUUGAAAACAUUUAAGGUACUGUAUAUUUACAGUAUGAUUCUUUAUAUAUAAUGGAUGUAUACAUGUCUUUUACUUUCAUCGUAUUUCCUGAGGGCUCCACUCGCUAAUAACGUAAACUGACACCAAUUCAUUAGCACGCGUCAAUAAGCGCUUCCUCCUCCUCUUAGGCUGAUGUCAGUGUUGUACUUUUUCUUUUUGAAUAACUUUUGUAUUCCGCUGUUGAAGUGUUUCAAGUGUGCCAGUGUUAUGGGAAAAUUGUAACCUCGCAUUUCAAUAAAGACACGUAUUAAAUUGA